UGUCGACAGCGCACAACCGAGGCGGUUGAGGCAGUAUGGGCAGUUGAAUAUAUAUCUAUUUAAGAGUAUUGUCUGAAGAGGGUACCAUGACAGGCCGUAAAUUCGCUAAAGAGAAGAAGCGGCAUCGCUCCCGUCUGUGCUGCCCGGAGGAGGGAGGGGGCAGCGAGAGGAAACGGCGGAGCACAGACUCGCCGCACGGCCUUCAGGAGGAAACAAAAUGUACUGUACAAGUUUCAGGAAAGGAGGAGGUGGGAGAAGAACCCAGUGACAUAGAAGAAGGUGGAUUAGACCUCAGUGUGCAGCUGAAGCCAGUUAGUUUCUACAUUACAGACAAGAAGGAAAUGCUUCAACAGUGCUUUUGUAUCGUAGGGGAGAAGAAAUUGCAGAAAAUGCUGCCUGAUGUUUUAAAGAACUGUUCCGUAGAAGAAAUCAAAAGGCUUUGUCUUGAACAGUUGGAACUCAUGUCUGAGAAGAAAUUAUUGAAAAUUCUUGAAGGUGAGCAUGGGGCUGAUUCUGACAGUGAUGAAGAAGCCAAUGCUAGUGAAGAGAAGACUGCUAUUGAAUCAAUUAGUCAGCAAGACAACAGCAUAGAUUCUACUUCUUCUCUGAAGGAAGACAGCAAAUUGGAGGGUUUGGACCCAAAACAAGGCAAAGGAGAAGAUAGCGAUGUUCUCAGCAUCAAUGCAGAUGCCUAUGACAGUGAUAUCGAAGGCCCCUGUAACGAAGAUGAGAAUUCCAUUGUGCCAGAAAGGACUGUCAGAAGUGGAGAUGGUCCGAUAGACGACCUCCAGAAGGACAUUGAGAAAAGUGUGAAUGAGAUCCUGGGGCUUGCAGAAUCCUCCCCAAAGGAGACUAAGGCAGCAGCACUAGCAGUUCCUCCAGCAGAUGAUGUUCACCCAUCAGCACAGCAGCUGGAGCUCCUGGAGCUCGAGAUGCGAGCCAGGGCUAUUAAGGCCCUCAUGAAAGCUGGAGAUGUAAAAAAAUAGCCUCUGGGCAAUUUCAUUUGCAAGAUGUCUAUAUUUAUUUUGAUGGGUGUGAUGUCAGCUCCCUUCAGUGAGAAAAUGUAUUUGGACUGGAUUUGACAUUCCUUGUUCAAACAUUUUGUGUAUCCUAACCCUUGGCUGAAAUAGUUGGCAGCACUUUGUCACUGCCAUCAGAAAACUCCCUCUGUGACUCGCUUACAUUGUCUGGUUUGAUACUGUUUGAUUCUUGUUGGUUACUUUUUCUUAGUGCUAGCUUGACAUGAAUUGUGGAACAAUAACAACAACAUGCCUCUCUGGCUAAAUCUUGGUGCCUUAUGGAAAUUUCAAGAGCAAUAUGGGGAGUUCACCAUGCUUCUCCAGCUUUUUUUUCCCCUAAGCC